AUGACUAAUGGCAAGAUAACGAAGGCAAGCCUAAUAAAGAUUUUUGAUGAUCUUGGUUUUUUUCGGGAAUUCGAUUUCGAAACUCUCUACUCUUACGAGUACGAAAAGGAGAAGACUGAAAGGUUGGUUGAUGAUAUUCUUGAGUGGGAAUCAGAGAACUCUUAUGAUUUCGAAAAGGCGAAAACCGAGAAGCUGUAUGAUGAUAUACUCGACUUACUGCCCUCUGAUCCUUUUGAUAUGAAUUUAAGCCCUCCGAUUAUGGAAAUCACUGAUUGGAAUGAGGAUUUUGGGCUAAAAAUUCUUGGCUUUGGUACUGAUGAAUUGGAAGUCAAGAAAGAAGAUGAUGAACUAUUUGCAGAAUCGAAUUUUGAUUCAAACAGCGCCAUGAGUUCUUAUCAGGAGUUUGAUGACAAGAAAACAGAUGAAAAAUCAAUUGGGUCUCUAUUGAUUGAAGAAUUUUUGGAAGACAAAUGUUGGGAAUCAUGGGUUGCUAUUCAACAACUUCAAGAUGGCAAAGCAAUUCAUGUCAAUGGUGAUGAACAGUUUCUUCUCAAUUCAAUGCAUUCUAGUGAUUUCGAAGAGGAAACUGAGGAGCUCUCUGUUAAUAUACUUGAUUUACUGCCCUCUGAUCCCUUUGGUAUGAACGUAAGUGUUCCGGUAAUUAGUGGUUGGAAUGAGGAUCUUGAAGAGGAUUUUGGGUUAAAAAUUCUUGGGUUUGGAACUGAUGAAUCCGAGGUCGAAGAAGAAGAAGAAGAUGAUCAAGUAUUUACAGGGCUGAAUUGGGAUUCGAAUCAAGCUAUGAGUUCAUAUCAAGAGCUGGGUGACAUGAACACAAAUGGAAAAUCAAUUGGGUCUGCAAUGGAUUUAGAAUUAUUGGAAGACAAAUACUGGGAAUCAUGGGUUGCUAUGAAACAACUUCAUCUUGACAACAAUGAUCAAAUUUCUUAUGAUUUGGAAAAGGAGAAAACUGAAAAGUUGUGUGAUGAUAUACUUGAUUUACUGCCCUCUGAUCCCUUUGGUAUGAACAUAAGUGUUCCAAAAAUCACUGGUCGGAAUGAGGAUCUCGAGGAUGAUUUUGGGUUAAAACUUCUUGGAUUUGGAACUGAUGAAUCAGAUGUCAAUGAAGAAGAUAAUGAUUUAAAUUCGGAUUCGAAUCAAACCAUGAGUUCUUAUCCAGAGCUUGGUGACAUGAGAAAAGAUGGAAUGUUAACCAAGUAUGCACAUAUUGAAGAAUUUUAUCAAGAUAAAUAUGGGAUAUCUUUUUUUGCUGGUUGCAAGUAA